AUGUCAAUAUCUAUAAAUAGGCAUGAGAAAUAUUUCCAAGUCUGUAACAUAUGAUUUUCAAUAUAGUUAUGACAGAACAACAAAAACGACAAGAACAAGGUACUUUUUAUUUUAACGACGUACCAUAUACCGUUCCAUUUUCCGUAAUUGAUUAUAAAGACGAACAAAGAGGAUAUUCAUUUGCUGAACAUUGGGAAGACAACUAUGGAGUUCGUGGAGUUCCAAGUGGAAAUGGAAUAAACGGUAUAGUAUUACAUUGGGACGUAUGUGCAUCAGUAAAACAUUGUUUUCGUACAUUAUGCCAAAGAGGAAUUUCAGGACAUAUAUUGAUAGAUGGGGAUGGAAGCGUGUAUCAAAUUUUGGAUUUAGAAAAAAUGGCAUAUCAUGCAAAAGGAUGGAACAAUCCUUCAAUUGGGAUAUUUUUACAGAAUCCCGUUGAUCAAUCUAAAAAUGAUCGAAAUAGAGAAUCUACUAAGAGCAGAGAGCCUGGAAAAAAUAAACUAUACCCUCACUUGGAUUUUACUGAUGAACAAAAAGAAAUGAUAGUAAAAGUUUGUGAUGCUUUAUGUCAAAUUUUUCCUAAUAUACCAAAAAUUUUACCACCUCUUGGUGAUGAUGGUUUAAUUACUACUGCUGUUUUACCGAAAAGUGAGAGGGUUGGCAUUCUUGCUAAUUAUAAUGUUCAAAGUGGCACUUUGGGUCCUGGUGAUUCCUUAUGGGUAGAAUUUUAUCGAGCUAAGUUUCCAAUUAGAAACUUAUAAUUAUUUUCUACUUGUAG